CCUGGUAAAGAUGGGGGAUUGGAAUUUCCUAGGGGGGAUAUUGGAGGAGGUGCAUAUCCACUCCACUAUGGUGGGAAAAAUCUGGCUCACCAUUCUAUUCAUCUUCCGCAUGCUGGUGUUGGGUGUGGCGGCCGAGGACGUGUGGAACGAUGAGCAGGCCGACUUCAUCUGCAACACGGAGCAGCCCGGGUGCCGGAACGUCUGCUACGACCUGGCUUUCCCCAUCUCCCUCAUCCGCUUCUGGGUCCUUCAGGUCAUAUUUGUCUCAUCGCCCUCACUGGUGUACAUGGGCCAUGCUCUCUACCGCCUCCGAGCCCUGGAGAAGGAGCGGCAGAAAAAGAAGGUCCUGCUACGUCGCGAGCUAGAGCUGGUGGACGUGGACAUGGUGGCUGCUCGGAAAACGAUUGAGCGAGAGGUGAGGCAGCUGGAGCAAGGCAAGCUCAACAAGGCUCCGCUGUCGGGGUCCCUGCUGCGCACCUACGUGGCCCACAUCAUUACCCGCUCCGCCGUGGAGGUAGGCUUUAUAACGGGCCAGUACAUCCUCUAUGGCUUCCAGCUCUCCCCUCUCUUCAAGUGCGAGCGUGAGCCUUGUCCCAACGCGGUGGACUGCUUCGUUUCCCGGCCCACAGAGAAGAGUGUCUUCAUGGUCUUUAUGCAAUGCAUUGCUGUAGUCUCCCUCUUCCUAAACAUCUUGGAGAUCAUGCACCUGGGCUACAAGAAGGUCAAGAAGGGCAUCCUGGAUUACUAUCCACACCUGCAAGACGAGCUUGACGACUUCUACUCAAGCAAAACCAAGAAAGACUCCGUGGUGCAUCAGACAGGCAUUGCUUCCUCCGGCUGCAAUCCCACCAUGGCCUCCGCGCCCAGUGGCUACAACCUCCUACUGGAGCGGGCCCAGGAGGGUCACACCUACCCCCCCCUUAUCAACCCCUCUGCCUUCCUCCCUGUUCAGGGUGAACUGGCUGGUAAACGGAGCGUGGAAGAACUCAAAGAUGCUGCACAUAGCCCGACGGAGCACAACUCCAACUCCAAUAACACCAGCAGUGACAGCCGCUCACCGCCCUGCGACUCAGUGACCCCGCCAAAGCAGGAGGAGCCAGAGGAGUCUGCACACCUUCCCCCUCACAGCGAGGAAGAGAAGAGGGGGAGCCCAGACUCUCCCAGGCGCCCAAGGGAUGCAUCUCAUGCCUCCUCCUGCCCGACAUUGCUAGUAGGCGCCGGAAGGAAAACAUGGAGGGUCAACGCUCCCUCAAAUUGUUCCACAGUGGUGGAGGGCAAAAGCUCAGACACAGAUUCUUAUGGGGGUGCUAAGGCCAGUGGUGGGUACCAAGCCCGGACUGCGUCGAAAUCGGAACCCAAAAUGCGUCCCUCCACCCCAGACUCACUGGGGGACUCAAGUUCAGGGUCACAGCACAGUCCGAGAACACCCUCUUCCAAUCGCCGACCAUCAUCCACAAGCAACGCAAGUAGUAGGCGAGCUCCUACAGACUUACAAGUCUGAAUGCUAAGAGUAAAACCUUAUCCCUUGUCCCUCAGACAAAAAAAAUACUUUAUUUCAAACACAGGGAUCAGAAGAACAUGACAUGAGUUGUGACAUUGUGCGAACUGCUUCGGAGGGAAAUCUGUUGCAGUAGUCCAGCAAAAUGGAUAGAUGUGUUUUAUAAGAUGUCACCUCUGUUUCUGUUGAUCUCUAUGUGGUGGUUUAUUUUUGUAUUCACCAGCUUCAAAGCCUCCGUCAUGCUUUGUGAUGACGUAAGACACAGUAGAUCAAACAUUGGGUGUGGGGACUAGCUAUUGGGAAUAUUGACCUGCUUUUAAAUGUGUUGUGGCUAAGAGAGAAAAACACUGGAACAGUACAGAUCACACAGCAGUGACACCGUUAAUGCUUUCUGUAGGUUUCAGUUCAUUUUAAACACCAUUGUUUAGAGAGAAACCAUGAAAAUAUGUCCUCAUGGCAGCCAAAUUCAGAAUUUUGUUUCUCUAAUUGGUCUUUUGACCAAUCAGAUCAGCUCUGAAAAAUAUCUGAUAUGAAAAGAUCUGAUUGAUCAAAAGACCAAUUAGUGGAAAAAGAUCAGAAUUGGGCUGCCUGUCUAAACGCAGCCAAAGUAGCUUUUGACCACUGAAAAUAGAGUAUGUAGACUAAAUGAUGUAUAUGUACAUUGCAUGAAAGAAUGACCUAAUUUCAUAUUUAUAAAAGCAUAUAUCUUGGUUUUUAUUUUGCAUUAACUACUGUAUGUCCAUACUAUCAUCGUAAAACCAUGUAUGACGGUUACAAUGGCCCUCCACGUUCUUUUAGGCACAGCUUUUCUUUUAAGGGUUGUGGGGUAUUUCAGUUUCUUAUGCAUUUCAAGUAACGCCAGCAGAGCCUCUGUGUGCACACAGUACAAAAGUGAUAUCAUGAGGUAAGAUUUCUAUAUUGUAACAAAUAUGUGAACGUGAUUAAAAAGGAAAACACCCAUUACGUUAAUGUUUGUUUACUAGAUACAAAACAUUGGUGUACAGUAGGUUAAGUACACAAAGCAGAAAAGGGGGGUUUGCUUUUAUGAGGGGAGACAGUCAAAGGACAAAAGCUAUUAUAUUUCAAUAUAUCAAAUAUACAAAAAAAAAAGAAAAAA